AUGUCAAAUGGGGAGUCCUCGAAAGCCGAUGUCUCGCCAGCUGUGGACUUUACGGCUGGUGUCAUAGCAGGCGUAGCGGGCCUUGUUGUUGGUCAGCCAUUCGACGUCGUCAAGGUCCGAUACCAGACACCUGAGUUCAAGGGUCGCUACACGUCGAUACGCUCCGCCUUCGCCAGUAUCAUCCGGGAAGAAGGCACGCAUGGGCUCUUCAAGGGUGUCAUGUCACCUAUGGCAGGUAUAGCUUUCAUCAACGGCGUCGUCUUCACUUCCUAUUCAUUCUUUAUGAAGCUCCAACUUCCCGCCGACUCUGGACAAGAACCAAGUCUGGGCCAGAUCUGCCUAGCCGGCGCAGGAAGUGGUCUUGCUAGCUCGCUCAUCACCUGUCCGACGGAACUCAUCAAAAUCCGCCAGCAGUCCUCUCCUCCACACCUCAAUCCCUCUAUCUUUACCGUCUGCCGGUAUAUUAUACGUACAGAUGGAGCACGGGGUCUGUAUCGCGGCUUUACGGUCACUGCUCUUCGUGACCUCGCAUAUGGCCCUUACUUCUUCACAUAUGAAGCUUCGUGCCGAUUCUUUAAAUCCCGGCGAGCACCUAUCGAUGCGGCCUACCCCUCGCAGGCCUCCAGUGGCCGGCAAUAUCAUCAUGAAUCCCUCAUCGACGAGGCAGAGAUGGAGCUGCACGCGCUGAGGCCGUGGGAGCUGAUGGUAGCUGGAGGACUGGCGGGCGUGGUCGCUUGGAUGGCCACGUUUCCUCUCGAUGUUCUGAAGACCCGCUCUCAAGCCGCUUCCUGGCAGACCGAUUCGGCCGGGUCAGUCAGGAAGAAGCCACCGUCAAUAUGGAGAAUAGCGAAUCAGGCGAUAAGGACAGAAGGCUGGAGGGUCAUGUUUGCCGGUUUGGGACCAACAUUGAUUAGGGCUGUACCUGUCAACAUGGUCGUCUUCCUCACUUUCGAAGCAUGCGUCGCGGGCAUGUCCAAGUGA